AUGUACUUCGCACCAAUUCUCCUCAUUCUGGUGGGACUUUUGUGCUAUAAGGUCGCCUCAGUCUUGAUCCGGAGACAACGAAAUGCACGGAAAGCGUCGCGUCUUGGAUGCAUACCACCUCCUACCGCCCCGCGAAAGGGCUUUCUUGGAAUCGGCACUCUCAGGGAAAGCAUCCGAGCAACGCGAGAGGACAGAGGACCAGUCUGGAUGCAUGAAAAUCUCAACGCCAUCGGCAAGACAGUCCACACGGUCAGGGCGGCGAUCUUCGACUACGAAUUGAUCAUCACAAGAGAUGCGCAGAACGUCAAGGCUAUGUUCGCCACGCAGUCGCAGGACUUUGACAUUGGGCUACACCGUGAAAAAUGCUUCAAGUCUCUGCUGGGUCCUGGGGUGAUGACGAACCGACAAGAGAAAUGGAAGCAUUCAAGACGACUGAUUCAAUCACAAUUCGCCAGAGAUAAUGUCGCGGACCUCGACCUUUUCCAGAGACACCUGAACGCCCUCUUGCGAAGGAUGCCAGUAUCCGAAGAUGGCUGGACCGCGAAGGUCGACUUGUCUCCCUUAUUCUACAGUUUCACCUUGGAUACCUCGACAGAAUUCUUGUUUGGCCAGUCGGUGCAUACCCUGAGCCCUGAAGACCGCGCGGGUCCGCUAUCAUGGGACUACAACGCGCCUGACCUUAGUACUUUCGGAUACCACCUGGACGAGGCCAAACACAUCAUCGACAGGAGAGGGGCUUUGGCCAAAUACGGCUGGCUUCUCCGGGACAACACCUUUCCCGACCACUGCAAAGCUGUGCAAGACUGCGUCGAUUACUUUAUUCAGAAGAGGCUCGAUGGUACCUGGGACGGGCGCAAAGUGGACGAAAAGACGAGGGGACGGGACAAAUUCAUCCUUCUUGACGAACUUAUAGGCAAAACCAAAGAUCAUUACGAAUUACGAUGCGAGCUGCUGAACGUGCUCCAUGCAGCAAGAGAUACCACGGCAUCGCUGUUGGGCUGGUCCUUCUACUUUCUAGCGCGCCAUGCCGACAUUUUCGCAAUACUGCGUAAAGAAGUGCUGGAUACCCUAUCGGCCGACCCGAGUGCCCAAAUCACCUUCGCUCAGCUUUGGUCUUGCAAGUACAUGCAGUGGUUUCUGAAUGAGAUUAUUCGCACCGUUGGCGUCGUCCCAAUGAACGAGCGCGUGGCUGUCCGAGAUACCACGCUGCCUUGCGGAGGUGGGCCCGAUGGACGAAGCCCCGUGUUUGUGCCGAAAGGGACUCAGGUGCUUGUUCCGACCUACUCAAUGCAGCACCGUGAAGAUAUCUGGGGAGAGAGCGUUGAAGAGUUCAACCCGGAAAGGUGGCAAGAUCGCAAAUUCGGGUGGGACUUCAUUCCUUUUGGCGGAGGGGCUCGCCAAUGCCUUGGACAACAAUUUGCGCGGACAGAAGCAAUGUUCGCGAUCUCGAGAAUGCUGCAACUCUUCGACAAGAUCGAGAAUAUGGAAGGCCCAGGGCCUAUCAAAAUGCAUCAGACGAUUGAAAACAGGAGUGGAACAGGGGUGCAGGUUCGUCUACACUUGGCUUCCUCCUCCUUCAAGAGUCAUUGCCAAGAGCGGAAAACCGAGUGUGAACUGAGCUUGAGUGAGCCGUAUGACCUUGGUUUGGGUGCUGAAAGAGGAGAGAAACUGGUAUGA